AUGGAAAAGAACAAGCAUACAAUACCAAUGAAGCUCUAUUAUUUAUUGUUGCUAGCAGUGCCGAUAGCAGCAUCAGAGGGAGAUAGACUCCCAGGGUUUCAAGAUUGUCUUUUGCAAUGCGAAAAGCUAAUGGAUUGUAAUCAUGCUACUAUUCUCGAGCAUAUUGAAGCUCAGCAACAACUGGCGGAAGAAAAUAUAGAACCAGUUGCACAUCCAGUGAAACCUCCUGAAAAGAGAGAUACUAGAAGUAUAAAUGAACGAGAAGAGUUACCACAAUAUUCUUUGAAAGAUUUUCAAGGUAACUAUAGAUUAUCAUGGAUAACGAGAACAGUGUUCCUGUGGGAUUGCAUGCUGGACUGUGACUAUAAAUGUCAACAGUUCGUAACUAAUCAACGUGAGUUAUCAGGAUUACCAAUGGUUCAGUUUUAUGGAAAAUGGCCCUUCACUCGUAUCUUGGGAAUAACAGAAAUUAUGCUGACUAUAUUUUCAAUCGGAAAUUACUAUACCAAUUUUAACAGUCUCACCAAGAUUUUAACACAAUACAAUAAGAAUUAUAAGAGUGGAAACGAUUCAUUUAUUAUUUAUAAGCAAUACAUAUAUUUAAUAGUGGGGUCUUUGGUAGGGUGGGCUUUCAGUACUUUAUUCCAUAUGAGAGAUACCUCACUCACAGAAACAUUGGAUUAUUUCGGUGCUGCAAUGAUCAUGCUUUUGAAUUUCAAUGCCAUAAGUAUCCGCUACUUCAGACUUUUCACACCUUCAAAAAGAAAGCAAAGAUUGAUAUUUCAAUCUUCAUUAGCAGUGAUUUUUGUUUUCCACUGUAUCAAGUUGCAUAAUAAGUGGGAUUAUCAAUACAACACUUACUUCAAUCUUUCCUUCGGUAUCAUGGCUAUGGUCUUAUGGGUUGCGCAUGCUAUGCGGGUAAGAAAUAUACACACGAAGGAUUUCCGUAUGUAUAAUAACUCAAUGCAAUUGUUACCAUUCGAAACAAAGCUCCUCUCGAAGCUCAACUAUUUGUCUUUAUCCGAAUCGAAAUACAUCCCUAUCCUACCUGUUUUAUUGAACUUGUGGCUUCUUGUAGGUAUGUCAUUCGAGUUAUUAGACUUCUCUCCAUGGUUGAGGCUACUCGAUGCCCAUGCUAUUUGGCAUUUAUUCACCAUUAUCCCCCCAAUGUUUUGGUAUGACUGGAAUAUUUGGGACAUAGAGUUGAUGAAAUUGACAGGUGUCUAA